AUGCCAUCGGAUGCCAAGAAAGCAAGAGAUGCCGCUAGAAAGAUUGCAGCAAAACAACAAAAAAACAAUCGCAGUAGGAAAGUUGGAGAAAAGGAUGAUCCUGCCGCAAACAUCGAACCCAAAGUUUUUAGUCUAGGUUUGGUUGACGCAGCUGCUGAAACUCUUCAGCAGAUUGAACUCGAAAACGCCCAAGCUCGUUCAGUUGCUGGAGCUUUAACAUCAAAUCCCAAAGGUCUCGACCAUAAAGUGGAAAGCUUGACGAUUACCUUCCACGGAAAAGAAAUUGUUGUGGAUACAAAGCUCGAACUGAAUCGUGGGAGACGUUAUGGCUUGAUUGGACUCAAUGGGAGUGGGAAGUCGACUAUCAUGCAUGCCAUUGUUAACCGAGAACUCCCGAUUCCUGAGUGCGUCGACAUGUAUCUCGUUUCGCGUGAAAUGCCUGCUUCUAAUACUACCGCUCUGCAAGCUGUAGUAGAUGUUGAUAGUGAACGAAAACAACUUGAGCAGCUUGCUGAGGAGCUUGCAGGAAAUGAGGAUGACGAAAGUCAGGAAAAGCUGAUGGACAUUUAUGAUAGGCUAGAUGAGAUGGAUGCCGAGCUCGCUGAGAAAAGAGCUGCCGAAAUUCUCCACGGUCUUGGCUUCACCAAGACAAUGCAAAUGAAGAAAUGCAAGGAUUUUUCAGGUGGUUGGAGAAUGAGAAUUGCGUUGGCUCGUGCUCUUUACCUAAAGCCAUCUUUACUACUUCUUGACGAACCGACGAAUCACCUUGAUCUCGAAGCUUGUGUAUGGUUGGAAGGCGAACUUAGUAAAUAUAAGAGAACGCUCCUGAUUGUCUCUCAUUCACAAGAUUUUAUGAAUGGUGUUUGUACGAAUAUUAUCCACCUUUUCCAAAAGAAACUAGUCUACUAUACGGGCAACUAUGAUCAAUUUGUCAAAACUCGAAUAGAGCUGUUGGAAAACCAAAUGAAGAGGUAUAAUUGGGAACAAGCUCAACUCCAGCACAUGAAGGACUACGUUGCUCGAUUUGGUCACGGAUCUGCAAAACUUGCUCGACAGGCUCAAUCUAAGGAGAAAACAAUGGCAAAAAUGAUCGCUGGAGGAUUAACGGAGAAAGCUGUGGCAGAGACGGUCAAACAAUUUUACUUCUUCGAUGCUGGACAUAUUCCUCCUCCCGUGAUCAUGGUUCAACAUGUGUCAUUUCGCUAUAGCGAUGCAACGCCAUGGAUCUACAGAAAUAUCGAUUUUGGUAUUGAUCUUGACACUCGUGUUGCUUUGGUAGGUCCGAAUGGAGCGGGAAAAUCCACCUUACUGAAACUUCUAUGUUCUGAUGUCAUGCCCACUGACGGUCUUAUUAGGCGGCAUUCCCACGUAAAAAUUGGCCGAUAUCACCAGGUAAUCUUCAGAAAAUCAGAAUUGGUAUCACACUGUGAGUAA